GGGGAAAAUGAGCUCCUUAACGGAAGUGAAUUAUCCUGAGGGUAGAACACUGGACAGGAGAUCUGAACACAGAAACACCAAAUUCAUAAACGUAGCCUGCUUAUUUCUUACUCUCCUCUCCACCGCCGUGUCCAUUGGAACUAUUGUCCUUUUCAGAACACAACAACACUGCAGUCAAACAGCUCCAGUGUCAAGCACAGGAACAAUCAUAGGAACAGUCACAACAACAAGACCUGAACUACCCACAAGACAUGAAUUCUUCCAAGCGUCAAGCACAGGAACAGUCACACCAAUAAGACCUGAAGUACCCACAAGACAUGAAUUCUUCCAAGGUUUGAUGGAGACCAAGGGGCAGAAGCUGCUGUGGUACCACAGAGGCCUUCCCACCACCCAGUACAAUGUGACGGUGGCGGGAACCUACCUGGUCCAUCUCCAGGUGACCUUCCGUGGGGAUCAGUGCCGCAAGAACGUGCUGCUGAAGCUGACGCUGUAUGAGUCAUCGCCGUUCGAUGAGGCGACGGAGCUGCUGGUGACCAGCGCUUCGGUCUGUGAGGACGAUCACAACUCGACCAACUGGACCAGGUCCCUCUCCCAGGUCGCAGUGGUUUACCUGGGGGCGGAAUCCAGCCUGUAUGUCACCUCCACCAGCAUGGAGCAUGUGGACAUCAACCACAACAAGAAUAAUAUCUUUGGCGUCGCCCAACUGCAACACUAG